AUGGAGGUUAAUCAAUAUCAUCAAAGUUUUAAUGAAGCUUCGAGUUCUAGAGUUUCCUUAAACAAGAAUUCACAAGUAAUAUCCAAGAUCAAGCCCAGGAUUCGCAUCAUCCAUAUAUGCGCACCGAAGGUAAUCGAGACCGACGUCAAGAACUUCCGUCCACUCGUCCAAAGUCUAACCGGAAAACCCGCAGCCCGAGAGGCAAAAACCGGUAAAAAGAGUGCCAGACCGAGAAUUCCGAGGUCGCAAGAACCGGUUUGCGGAGAUCAUCAGGCGGUUAAUAGGCUUACGGGUUUUACCGGUUUAUUAGCAAACGAAGGAGACCAUCAGGUAAAAGAAGAAUGGGGAUCCGGUGAUCAGACUACUUCAAACACAUACUUUGACCUAGAAGGUUUGAUUAAAGAUGCAGGAGAAGAUUACUUCUUCCCAUGA